AUGAAGAAGGGCUUUCAAUUCAACCAAAACACCACGAACAGUUUUUGGGGCGGUGCUUCAUUGGCAAAUAACAACGAAAAUGAAGGAUCCAAUAUGAACAUGUCAAAAAAGACCCUGCCCGACGAGUUAUCAAUGAAAGCGGAACAGUCCAUGUUCUCAAAAACCUUAAAAACUCGAUUGUAUUCCAACAGGGAUGAAAAACUCUCAAUAGGAUGUGAAAAUAUAACAUUUUCAAAAGUGUCAAAUGUUCAAAAACCUAAGGAUAUUAAUAACGAUUUAUUUCCGGCGCAAAAGAAAGUGAAACCAAAUGAACUGGAUUUUCUCAACAAAACCGAUGAAACUAUGCAACUUGUAAAUAUCAGAAGUUCAACACCUCUCAAUAGAAUUCAACAAAAUGAUGACAAAGCUGAAAAGGUUGACAAGAAUUUAAUCAAACUAAAACCAAUAGGGAUUCAAUCACCUCGUGUAGAGAUAGACAACAACUUGAUCAAUUCUGGAAGGAAGAAUCCCAUGUGGUUUAUUGAUCGAAUCAAGAAAAAUCCGUCAAGUAUGGAGUAUGUCUAUCUUGUGCCACUUCAAGAGGAUACCACCGAACCUUAUAAUCCAUACAAAUUACAAAUUGUGCCCCAUUCAUUUAUAAAUGACAAGGCUGAUUACUAUACAAUGAGCGCAAGUGGAGUGACGCACUUUAUAAAUGGAGAAGCAGAUUUUACACCUCUUUCAAGAUGGAUUCAAGAACAUGACACUUUCCAAAAGAUAUUGAAAAUUAAAUUUUUCAAAAACUUUAGAAAGUGGAAGGCCUUUUACUUUUUUAAAAAGAUGAUAAUAAGAAAGAAUAGAGCGUUGGCUUCAGCAACACUUACUGAACGACUAUUUUUUAUUAAUAACUGUAAAGCAAUGAGAGAUAUUCGUAUGGAAUGCAUUAAAAUUACUGAAUUGGAACUAUUCAAAGACAAUAAGGGAGACACUUUGACAGUAGAUGAAUUUUCUAAAAUACAAGAAACUCAGAAAGACGAAAUUUCAAAACGGCUUUUAGAAAUAUGUGAAAACAUUACGGAUAUUACUUAUGAGGCAUGUAGGGACACAAUGAUAGCCGCUGGUUUUGGAGAUAGAUUCAGCGACCUUGAGCAAAUUCCAGACCCUGAACAAAAACACAAAGAGUUCUCUGGCUAUAAUCAGGCGCAAAAAAACCAAGAUGAAAUGGAGGAAGAUGAUGCUGACGACAAUGCACCAUUGAAUAGGUCAACAAGAGCUGUUUCAUCAAAGAGAGGAAAUAGAGGAAAUCUUGCAACCAAUUAUCCGUCUUAUAAUAUGACAUAUACAGAGAAGUCAUUGAAGAGAAAAGUGUGCAAGAGAAUUAUUAACUUUAUCAGACUUGCAGAUUUUCUUGUUUUAGAUGCGCUGAUAGAACUUGUUGAAAAGUCUGUUGAAAGAAUUUUAAACAAAAUUACCACGCUCUCCAAGAAUAGCGAAAAAGAUAUAGAAGAGGAAAUUAUGCAACUAGGACUAAUUGGAACUGACGAUCUUGAAAUUGUUCCUCUCUUCAAGGUUGAGAUACGGUUGAAUGAUCAAAGGUUGCAAAUUCUUCCAUCCCGAGAGCAAUUUGAUAAGAGAGUUGCAAAAGUAAUAGAAGGAUUUUUUGAUGCAAUCAAAAUAGAAAAAUUCAUAACCAAGAAAAAAUUCGAAGAGUACACUGAUCCUGUUGUCAACGAUAAAGGAGCAGAAGCAAUUGUUAGUGAGGGCAUAACUAUAAAGGAGAGAAUUGUAAGAAGAGAGUCAUACGAUAGACUUGUGAAGAGUAUUAAGGAAACUAUGUCAUUGGCUUUUAAAGACGUGGAAAAAUAUGCAAAAGAAUACGAGCCUCUCAAGAUUAAGCACUUGGAGAAUAAGGAAAUGUUGGAGACGGACAUGACUGUCAUAAAGGAAAAAGAUUAUCCUUUAGAAUGGUUCCAAGCAGAAAUGAACAAAUAUAAGGAGCAGGAUAUAGAGGUCAAACAAAUGAGAACAUACAAGUACAAAGGAAUUUUCUAUGUUGACACCCAGAAGCUGAAAGAAACCUUUUUACCCUCUCCUGGCGAAUGUCUUUUGAAACUUCAUAAAAUUUUACCAGAGCUUUCAAAAGAGAAGAACAUAGCCCUCUACAAGAAGCUAGAAAAAUCUAUGGAGAGAUUCAAAGCAUUUCCUGCAUCUGUGGAAGACUUUGUAGAGUUCUUGCACUUUGUCGAAAAGACGGUGGCAAGUUUAGACGAUUUGGAAACUGAAUUCAAAACCGUUUUCGACUUUUACAAAUUAAUGGAAGAAGAAAAAGUGAAAGUACCGCUAGAAGACAAAAACUUUUUCCAAGACUAUACAGUUUCUACGAUUUCAACGUUAAGAUCUUCUAUCAGCAGAGCUGAAGACAGCAAAGAGGAUCGUAUCAAUAAGUUUUCUGUAGAUUUAAAGAGAAAGAUUGAUGACUUAAGAGGAGAAAUUCAAGACUUUUCCGAAAAGUCGAAAGAUGCGAUGGUGUUUGAAGUCAAUAACACAGAAUCUCUUGAAAGAAUAGAAGAAGUAAUUGCAUACCUAACGGACUUGAAGAACGGAAUGGAUAAAGCUCAAAAGAGAUUUGCAGAGCUUGUAGGAUAUCAGGAACUAUUUAAAGUCAAACCUGAUACAAUCGACGAGAUGCCUUCAAUUUCUAAGGAAAUAGAUCUCAAACUAAAGCUCUGGACUACGAUGAAGAGCUGGAUCAUCUUUGAGUCGGAAAACAAAUGUAAAAUAUUCAAGGAAGUUGUUGCAGAGGAUAUCAAGAGAAACGUAGAUCAAUUCCAAUACACUGCUUCACAUCUUCAAAAGAAUAGCGAAACAGAAAACCCUGUUAUAUCCAAGUUAUUGGAUUACACAGACCACUGGAGAAUAGUUUUACCUAUUAUUGAAGAUCUUAAGAACGUCUCACUCAGGACAAGACAUUGGAGAGUGUUAGACAAUAUUGUUGGUACAACAAUCUCAGAGAGAAACUUUGAAUUAAGUCUUUUAUUUGAUCCUGACAUUGUCGAUAAGAGAAAGAAGAUACAAGAGGUUUCUGAACAAGCAUCUAACGAAGCAUCUCUUGAAGAGCAGCUGAAAAAAGUCAAAGAAAAUUGGUUCAAAGCAGAGUUUCCAAUUGUUGCUCACAAGGAUAUGACGAUCAUUGGAAGCGUAGAAGACAUUGUAGCUCUAUUAGAGGACGAUAGAAUUGUGCUUUCAACUAUUUUGAGCUCGAGAUUUGUCGCAGCUAUAAAGGAUCAGGUGGAAGAGCUAUACAACGACCUUAAUCUGAUAUAUGCAACUAUACAUGAAAUUAUUUAUUGCCAAAGGAAAUGGAUGUACUUAGAGAACGUCUUUGUGUCAGCUGAUAUUGCAGCAGAGUUGAAAGAAGAUCACAAAUUGUUUGUAUCCAUUGAUAGGUUCUACAAAGAGGCAAUGAAGAGAGCAAAGGAAGUUAAGAAUGUUCAUCGAGUGAUUAUUGGAGCUGAAUCCUCUGUGAAAAGCUCUCUAUAUGAUAAGCUGAAAGGUCACAACAUGCAUCUUGACAAGAUUGAAAAGAGCUUGGAAGAAUACUUAAAAAAGAAGAGAAAUCUAUUUCCAAGAUUUUAUUUCUUGUCUAAUGAAGAUUUGAUAGACAUACUUUCUCAUACAAGCAACCCACAGGCCGUUCAACCUUAUUUACCACAAUGUUUUGAAGGUAUGAAGUCAUUAGACAUUGAUUCUUCCAAGUAUGUCAAAGGAAUGGUCUCUAAGGAGGGUGAAAGAGUUCAAUUUGUUUCUACUACAACAAGAGCUGAUGAUGUGGUUGAGGACUGGUUGAGAGAAGUCGAACAACAUAUGUUCGACACUCUACGUCAAUUCAUGAAACGUGCAGUUCGUGAUUAUCCAAAGAAAGAAAGAACAGUAUGGAUGAGAGAUCAUAUUGCUCAAGUUGUUCUAACUGUAUCUCAAAUAUUUUGGUGUUAUGAAGUUACAAAUUGUUUAACCUCAGAAAACCCAAAGAAGGAGCUUGAAAAAUUUUAUGAAAAAUCAAUUACUCUCUUGAAUGAUUUGGCGUAUCUAACUAGAACAAAGCUCUCUUCAAACGAACGCAAGCUUAUUGGAACUAUGAUUAUUUUGGAUGUACAUGCAAGAGACGUGGUUAAAUCAAUGAUUGAAGAAGGAGUAGAUGAUGUAAACAAUUUUGGUUGGUUAAAACAGCUUAGAUUCUAUUGGGAGUCAGAUGUAGAUGAUUGCAUUGUGCGACAAUCCAACUCUGUUUUCAGAUACGGAUACGAAUAUGGAGGAAUACAAUCAAGACUUGUCAUCACUCCUCUCACAGACAGAGUUUACAUGACACUAACAGGAGCAUUACAUCUUAACUUGGGAGGAAGUCCAGAGGGGCCAGCAGGAACGGGUAAAACAGAGUCAGUCAAAGAUUUAGCGAAGGCUCUUGCAAGGCCUUGUGUUGUAUAUAAUUGUAGUGAAGGUGUUACAUACACAAUGAUGUACCAGUUUUUCAGUGGUAUUGUCCAAGUAGGUGCAUGGGCAUGUUUUGACGAAUUCAAUAGAAUCAAUGCUGAAGUGCUGUCUGUUAUAGCCACUCAAUUGCUUACAAUUCAAGAUGCACUAAAGGCGAAAAAGACAAAGUUUUUCCUUGAAGAUGACCAAGAAAUUUCUCUUAGAAGCACUUGUGGAGUUUUUAUUACAAUGAAUCCAGGUUAUGCAGGAAGAACAGAACUACCUGACAACUUGAAGGCACUAUUCAGACCUGUUGCAGUCAUGUUGCCUGAUUAUAGAAUGAUUGCAGAAGUUAUUUUAUUUUCAGAGGGAUAUCAAGAUGCAUUACCUUUAUCAAGAAAAAUGACACAGCUCUACAAGUUGUCAAACGAGCAGUUGUCAAGCCAAGAUCAUUACGAUUUUGGUAUGAGAGCGAUGAAGUCUGUUUUAGUUAUGGCAGGUGAAUUGAAAAGAGCCAAUCCACAUCUCAGUGAAAGUACUACAUUGAUGAAGGCUAUGAUUGACAGCAAUCUUCCCAAAUUUGUAAAGGAAGACGUGUCACUCUUUCAAGGAAUUGUGUCUGAUCUAUUUCCAGGUAUUGAUGCUCCUGUUGAAAAGAACGCCGAACUUGAGGCAGGACUAUUGCAUAUCAUAGAGAGAAGAAAACUCGAGCCAGUACCAGCAUUUGUCAAGAAGAUUGUUCAGUUUUUCGACACGCUCAUUAUUCGCCAUGGUGUUAUGCUCGUAGGUCCAACUGGAGGAGGAAAAACGGAGAUAAGAACUGUUCUCGGAGAUACCAUGAAUUAUUUAAAGGAUGAAUUGAAUUCAACAGCUAAUCACGUGAAUAGAGUGCAACAAUUCUUGCUAAACCCAAAAUCCAUUACUUAUGGAGAACUGUACGGGGUCUUGAACAUGACCACACAAGAAUGGUUUGAUGGACUAAUUCCACACUUUGCAAGAAAGGCCACAAAGGAUACAAGUGACGACAAAAAGUGGAUCAUUUUUGAUGGUCCUGUAGAUACCUUAUGGAUUGAAAGUAUGAACUCUGUUCUUGAUGACAGCAAACUGUUGUGUUUGGACAAUACUGAACGAAUCCAGCUUAAUGACAAAAUAAGCUUUAUUUUUGAGGUUCAAGACUUAGCUGUGGCUUCACCUGCAACAGUUAGUAGAUGUGGAAUGGUAUUCGUAGAUCCUACUGAGCUAGGAUGGAGACCUUAUGUAUCAUCUUGGCUAAAGAACUCAAAAAUUAGUUCAAGUCAUGCUGACCUCAAAGAAUUGUUGGAAAAGAUGUUUGAUGAGUUCGUUCAAGAUGGUUUGGAUUUCAUCAGAAAUCAAUGUGAAGAAGAUGUACCAAGCACAAAUUUGAAUUUGGUAACUAGUUUGUGUGGACUUAUGGACGCGUUGUUGCUUGAUCAUUUUGAAAAGCUCGAAUCAGAGAAGAGCAAGCAAUUAAUGAGUCUAGUGUUCGUCUUUUCAUAUGUUUGGUCAAUUGGAGCAAAUAUCAUCGAUAGCUCCAUGAUUGAGUUCGACAGAUUUGUUAAAGAGAAAUUCAAAAAGUCUGGUUUAGUACCAUCAAAUGGAACAUGUUAUGACUUCUUUGUUGACUUUGACUCUGUUUGCUUUGUAAAUUGGGAGAUACUGAAGCCUGAAUUUAAAUACUCGAGUGAGGUACCUUUUUAUGAAAUAAUUGUUCCCACGGUUGACACUGUUAGAUACUCCUACCUUAUCCAGACAUUAAUGAAGAGCGAGAAACCAACACUUUUCAACGGAAGAACAGGUGUUGGUAAAACAAUUUUGAUCAACAAUGCCCUACAAUCUUAUGAGUUCAAGCGUCAUAACGAAUCAUUUACUACUGAACUUGUUUCGGUUCAAUUUUCUGCUAGAACUGACAGUGGAAGAACGAGAGAAAUGAUUGAAAGUAAGCUAGUGGAGAAAAAGAAAGCCUUAUACGCUCCUCCUGGCAAGAAAGUUGUCAUAUUUAUCGAUGAUCUGAAUAUGCCUAAUCUUGAACAAUUCGGAGCACAACCUCCUAUAGAAUUGAUAAGGCAAAUGAUUGGAUGUGGAGGAUUCUAUGAUGUUUCGAAUAGAGAGGAGUUCCCAUGGAAGGUGGUUCAUGAUUCAACAGUUGCAGCUGCAUGCGGUCCUCCAGGAGGCGGCAGAAAUCCAACAACGCCUCGCUUAUUACGAUUGUUCCACUUGUUACGAAUUCCUGAGUUAUCAAAGAAUAGUAUGACCAUUAUAUUUGAAAGUAUUUUAGAUGGGUUCUUUUCUUCUCAUUCAUUCUCUGAAGAAAUUAGAGGGCUAACAAAACCACUAGUUAAAACAGCAAUAGAACUCUAUGGAAAGGUGUGUGAUAGAUUUAGACCUACACCAAACUGUGCCCAUUACACAUUCAAUCUUCGAGAUUUGUCUAAAGUUUUCCAAGGAAUGCUUCAAAUGAAUCCGAACAAUGCCAAGGAUUCAAACACAAUUUUGAAACUUUUUUCUCACGAGACUUCCAGAUGCAUGUUUGAUAGACUUAUUAAUACCCAUGACAGAAGCGAUUUUACAGCGAUGAUUAUUGAUUUAUUGAAGCGAUAUUUCAAAGGACAAAAUUGGGAUGAGAAUGACUUUAUGGGCGAGAACGCCAUCUUAUUUGGCAACUUUAUGGACCAAGGAGAUAGCGAGGAGAAACUUUAUCAACAAAUUAAUGUUACCAAGCUUCCGGCUGAGCUAGACGAUUACCAAAUGAGAUAUAACCUAAAUAACGCAGGACAACUUGAUCUUGUCUUUUUCCCGGACGCAUCUAAACACAUUACAAGAAUUACCAGAAUUCUAUCACAAAAAAGAAGUAAUGCAUUGCUUAUUGGAGUUGGAGGUUCAGGAAAACAAAGUCUUACCAGAUUAUCCUCAUUUAUUGUCGGAUACAAAACAUUCGAAAUUAGUUUGAAGAGAAAUUAUGAUAUUGAAGACUUCAGAGAGGAUCUGAGAAACUUAUUUAGAAUGGCAGGAGGAGUAGAAGGUGGUCCAGUUGUUUUUCUUAUUACUGACGCCCACAUUGUGGAUGACUCAUUCCUUGAAGAUAUCAACAAUAUUCUAAAUACUGGAGAGGUUCCAAAUCUUUUCCCUUCAGAUGAAAAAGAGAAGUUAAUCAAUGAAAUUAGACCAAUUGCACAGAAAGCAGGUGUAUCAGAAAAUAGAGAUGCGAUAUUCUCUCACUUCAUCAAAAGAGUUAGAGACAAUUUACAUAUUGUUAUAUGUAUGAGUCCUGUUGGUGAUGAUUUCAGAAGAAGAAUUAGAAUGUUCCCAUCGUUAGUCAACUGCACAACUAUUAACUGGUUUGAUGAAUGGCCGGCAGUUGCCCUUAGAGGAGUAGCCCAAAGAAAAUUUGAAAAAAUUAAUGUUGGAAACGAGAAUCUCAAACAAAGAAUUGUCGAUACUUGUGUGUUAAUUCAUAGAGACGUUGUGGACAUCACGAAGAAGUUCGAAGAAGAAACAAGACGAAAGUUUUAUAUUACUCCAUCACAUUACCUAGAGUUUAUAAACUUUUAUGGAGAUUUGUUGGAAGAACAGCGUCUGGAGCUAAAAGAAGCGAAAGACAAACUUCAAAAAGGUUUAUUUACUCUACAAGAAGCAAAUAACAAAGUUGCCUCGUGUGAAAAGGAAAUUGAGCAACUUCAGCCUAUUCUUGAGCAGAAGACUAUUGAAAAUACAGCUAUUACUAAGGAGGUACUGGAAAAGAAAGCUCAAGCUGACAAAGACAAUGAAAUCAUUUCUGCGGAAAAGAAGGAAAUUGAUGAAAAGGCGAAAAUAGCUGAGGCAAUGAAAAAAGACGCUGAUGAUAAGCUAAAAGAUGUUCUUCCUGCACUUGAAGAAGCAGAAAAGGCAGUUAGUGAACUUGGAGGUCCUGAGCUUAACAUGAUUCGGUCGUAUCAAAAUCCUGUAAUGCCUGUGAAGACAACACUUGAAGGAGUAUUAAUUCUGUUAGGUGAGAAAAAGACCGAUUGGGAGGCUGCUCAAAAAGCAAUGAGCGCAAUGGACUUCAAAAAGAGAAUCUUGACCUUCAAGGAAACCAUGAAAGAACGAGUUACUCCUCAAAUCGUUGCCAAGAUUAAGAAAUUAAUGAAAGACGAGAACUUCCAAGAAGCUGUUGUUUAUAAGGCUUCUGGACCAGCAGGAUCUCUUUGCAAAUGGGUGAGAAAAAUGGUAGAAUACUAUGAGGUUGAAAAAGUUGUACAACCAUUAAUGGAGAGUGCUGCUGCUGCCCAGGAAGAGCUGGAAAAAUUAUUGUCAACUCUAAGAAUCAAAGAAGCUGAGCUCCAAAAGAAAACAGAAUAUCUUGCACAACUUCAAAAACAACUCGAAGAAAAUAAUAGGGAGAAAAUAAUGCUUCAAGAGCAGAAAGAAAUUUCAGAAAGAAGAUUGGUCGCAGCUAAAAAACUCACAGUUUCUCUUAAAGAAGAAUACGAAAGAUGGACACUCUCUGUUGCUGAAUUUGAUGAACGAAUCAAAAACAUAGUUGGAGACAUGUUUAUUGCUUCAGCAUUCAUCAUUUAUUGUGGUCCACUGACAUCUCCAUACCGAAAAGAAUUGCUCGACAAAUGGUGUGAAUAUUGCAAAGAACAUAGCAUACCAUUCAGUGAUAACUAUUCUUUAGACAAGGUGAUUGCAGAUCCGAUUGGCAUCAGAGAUUGGGGCAUGCAAGGUUUACCAAUGGAUCAUUAUUCAAUCCAAAAUGCCAUUAUCGUAACUAGAACAAAGAGAUGGCCUCUAUUGAUCGAUCCUCAGGAACAAGCAAACUCUUGGAUCAAAAAUAUGGAAAAAGGAAACACCUUAAAAUUGCUGAAGCAAUCAGAGGAUAAUUAUAUCAAAACCUUAGAGAGUUAUAUCACAACAGGAAAACCAGUAAUGAUCGAAGGAUUAGCAGAAAAAAUUGAUCCAACUCUUCAACCCAUUUUGAACAAGGAAGUGUUCAAGAGCAAAGGAAAGCUUGUAAUGAAAAUAGGAAAUGCUGAAAUUGACUUUAGUCCUUCAUUCAAGUUGUAUCUCACCACUAAGCUCUCUAAUCCUCACUAUCUGCCAGAAAUUUGUAAUAAGGUGACUCUUGUCAACUUUACUGUUACAACAAAGGGAUUAGAGGACCAACUUCUUGCGGAUGUAGUGAGAAUUCUCGAGUCUAGUCUGGAAGAAGAAAGAGACAGACUUAUUGUAAGCGUUGCAGACGACAAAAAGACCCUGAAAAAGAUCGAAAAGAAGAUUCUUGACAGUCUGUCAUCAGUUAAAGAAGAUGAAAAUAUUUUGGACAAAACUCAAAUCAUCAAAUCUCUUGACGAUUCCAAAAACACAUCAAAUGUUAUCAAAGACAGAGUCAAGGACGCUGCAGAAACAGAGCUUAAAAUUGAUCAAGCAAGAGAAAAGUAUAGAAUUAUUGCAGUCCGUGGCUCGAUUUUGUACUUUGUUUUGGCUGAUUUAGCGAAUAUUGAUCCAAUGUAUCAAUAUUCAUUAGAAUACUUCAAAGACAUAUUCAAUAAGUGUAUUCGACAGACUAAGGAGCAACAUCACGAUCUCUCGACAGAACAACUUCUUCCAAUUCUCAUAUCCAAUAUCACAGAGUAUAUUUUCACAAAUGUUUGCAGAGGUUUAUUUGAAAAGGAUAAGAUUAUAUUCUCAUUCCUUAUUUGCACAAGAAUUUUAUUGUAUGAUCAAGUCAUCGAUGAAAACGAAUGGCUAUUGUUCCUCAGAGGUGCCCCAUUGACUUAUGAUAGUAAGAAUGAGCUUUCUAAUUGGCUGUCAGAUUUGUCCUGGAAUUUGUUGACUGCUCUUGACGCAGAAAUUCCUCAACUGAAGGGACUUAAAGCUUCAGUGACAGGAAAUCUUUUCACCUGGAAGAAAUACUUUGAGGAUACUGAAGCAUAUGGUAAAGAGUUACCAUUUGCUUGGGAAGAGAAAAUUAAGCCUUUCCACAAAUUACUUCUCAUUAAGUGUUUCGCAGAAGAGCAAGUAUUAUUAGCCAGCAAAGAGUUUGUCAAAAACCAUCUGGGUGAGUCAUUCAUAAGACCUCCUGGAUUAGAUCUCGAAAAAGCCCUCAGUGACUCAACCCCAAGUACUCCAAUAACAUUUAUCCUUUCUCAAGGUGCAGACCCUACCAGCAUGUUAAAACGAUUUGCAGCUGAAAAAGAGCAUGAGCUGCAUAUCAAAUCUCUUGGACAAGGUCAAGAAGUUUCUGCUAAAAAACUGAUCGAAAGAGGAAGAAAGAAUGGCGAAUGGGUACUGCUUCAAAAUUGCCAUUUGUUUGUAUCCUUUAUGCCAACGUUGGAGAAUAUAAUUGCUGAGUUUUCUUCACCAAUGGCAGUUGUUCACAAAGAUUUCAGAUUAUGGUUAACAUCAAUGCCCUCUAAGGAUUUCCCAAUACCUAUUCUUCAAAACAGCGUGAAAGUAACAAAUGAACCUCCAAAGGGUUUAAGAUCUAAUCUCGCUAGAACCUAUAACGAAAUAUCUGAUGAGUACUUUAAUGGCUUUGAAGAAAGCGAGAAAUUCCCUGAAUGUAGUAAGAAACUCGCAUUCAGAAAGCUUUUGUUUGGCUUGUGUCUGUUCCAUGGCGUUAUUCAAGAACGUAAGAAAUUUGGUCCUCUUGGUUGGAACAUCAAGUACGAAUUCAACGAUUCAGAUUUAAGCGUUGCACAGUUGUGGUUAAAAAUGUUCCUCAAAGAGCGUGAAAACAUUCCUUGGGAUUCUUUAAAUUAUGUGAUUGGUGAAAUUGUGUAUGGUGGAAGAGUGACAGAUCCAAAUGAUCGAAGAGUGUUACUCACCAUCCUAUCUCAAUAUUUCUCAAACAGAAUUCUUUCUCAUGAUUACAAGUUUGCUCCUUCUGAUAUUUACAGAAUUCCUUCUUCGGAUCCUAUUGAUGACUACAGACAAUUUAUUUCAUCUCUUCCAGAUAAUGAUGAACCUGCCAUUUUCAACAUGCAUCAAAAUGCUAAUAUGGUAUUCCAAAUGCAAGAAACACAUUAUUUAAUUUCUACAGUGAUGGGAACUCAAUCUGUGAGCUCAGGAGGUUCCAAACAACAUCAUAUGGAAUAUAUUGUGACUGAAAUUGCAAACAAAAUUUUGUCUAAACUUCCUGAAAAUCUCAGUAAAUCUGAGGCUGGAAAGAAUACUUUCAUUCGUACUGAAAAGGGAGCUAUGCAUUCACUAUCCACAGUAUUAAGUCAUGAAAUGAUGAAAUUCAACAAAUUGCUUGAUAAGAUUAGAAGUACUUUAACUGAACUUCAAAAAGCGAUAAAUGGACUUGUUCUCAUGUCUAGUGAGCUCGAAAAAACAUUUAAGAGUCUCUUGAAUAAUGAAGUACCUGACUUGUGGGCAGCCUACCCUUCAAGAAAACCACUUGGUUCUUGGAUAGAAGAUUUAGUGGAGAGAGUUGCUUUUAUGAGAAAUUGGUUGAGAAAUGGUCUUCCAAAGGUAUUCUGGUUGUCUGGAUUCUUCUUCCCACAAGGAUUCUUCACUGGAGUGUUACAAACGUAUGCCAGAAAGUACAAUGUUGAAAUUGAUUCUUUGUCAUUCAGUUUUAGAAUCAUGCAUGAAAUGACUCCAGAAGAAAUUGAAGAAGGUCCUGAGGAUGGUGUCUAUGUGUAUGGUUUGUAUUUGAAUGGAGCAAAAUGGAACAAAGAUAAGGAGACGUUGGAGGAAUCAGAUAAUGGUGAAAUGAAUGUGAAAAUGCCAAUCAUUCAUUUCCUUCCAGAAAAGAAUCACAAAACCUCUCCAAAAUGCUACGAGUGUCCUCUGUACAAGACAAGCGAGAGAAAGGGUAAACUUUCAUCGUUGGGUCAAUCCACGAACUUUGUGAUUAGCGUCGAGUUGCCAACUGAAAAACCUCCAUCUCACUGGGUCUCUGAAGGUGUUGCCAUGCUCUGUCAGCUUGAUAUUUAA